CGUUUCUGUGUUUCGUUGUGCGUUUCAGCUCCAGCGCCUUGUUGCAGCACAUCACGGCCAUGUUGGAGUGCGGCGUGUCAUCCGUGGUCACCUUGCUGGUCACGGAGCCGGUGGGAAAGCUCAGUAUCCAUUCAUGUCACGUCCAAAUGCUGUCGGACUGGUACACCAUGCUGUACAACCCAAGUCCAGACUACGUCAACACACUGCACUGCACCCAGGAGGCCGUCUACCCGCUCUACACCAUAGUGUUAAUCUACUAUGCGUUCUGCCUGGUGCUGAUGAUGCUGCUGCGUCCUCUGUUGGUGAAGAAGAUAGCGUGCGGUUUGAGCAAGUCGGAUCGCUUCAAGAGCAUCUACGCCGCGCUGUACUUCUUCCCCAUCCUCACCGUGCUGCAAGCCGUGGGAGGAGGGCUGCUCUACUAUGCGUUCCCCUACAUCAUACUGGUCCUGUCUCUGGUCACACUGGCUGUGUACAUGUCGGCCUCUGAGAUACAGUCUUUUAAGAACCUGAUUGCCAAGAAGAAGCGUCUGGUCGUGCUGUUCAGCCACUGGCUGCUCCACGCGUACGGCAUCGUCUCCAUCUCCCGACUGGACAAGCUGGAGCAGGACCUUCCGCUGCUGGCCCUUGUGCCGGGCCCCGCCCUCUUCUACAUCAUAACGGCCAAGUUCACUGAGCCCAGCCGCAUCCUGUCCGAAGGCGGUAGAGGACACUGACGGACCCCAGCGGCGCAAACCGUUUUUAACAGGUGGCUGCAGUCCUGACUUGGGGGGGGGGGGGGGGGAGAGGGAGAGGGAGAGGGAGAGAUGACUACUUAAUGGUCAAACAGGACAGGUGGUCCCUGAGAUCUGUUUCUGGAUAAAUUCAAUUUUCUUUUAUUAAUACUACACUUAUACUCUUAACUCACAGCUGUUCACAUUACUGUUAAUAAUACUUCAAAUAUUUUGAUCUCAACUACACAUCUGAAGUUUCACGGCCGCCCAGUGGUGAAACUGUCCGCAGACUAAGUGCUGAAGACCACCUCUGUGGUGAUCCGUUACACGUGGUACCAAGAUGACACACGCACACAUGAGCAACACACACGCUCACACAAAGGUCAAAUCCACACCAGCCACACGCUGCCGCUGGCAAUGAGAAGUAACCACUAGACAUGGUGACUGUAAAUGACUGCAUGUCUUGUAUUUAUUUGACAUGAGCCUAAAGUGUAGUUUAGUUUCCCAAUAUUCUAUUAGAAUACAGACAUGGUGACUAAAUGACUGCAUGUCUUGUAUUUAUUUGACAUGAGCCUAAAGUGUAGUUUAGUUUCCCAAUAUUCUAUUAGAAUACAGACAUGCUCAUAUGUAGGACGAGAAGAACACCUGGAUGAGAAAUAUGUUUAAACUAUUUUAUGGCUCUGUCCAGAAUGUGUCUUUAAAGUUUGCAAGGGAUCUUUCCCUCUUAACACACGUGGUGAUAUAAGAGAGGCACAAACAUGUAAAUAGUGUCUCCGCUUUGUAUUUCAUGAACUGCAUUGUGUUUUUACUUCACAUGAAAUACCCAAUAUUGUGCUGCUAUGUCCUGUUAAGCUUCUAAUGCUAAUAUGCCAUGUAUAUUAUUAUUGUAAGUGUUCAGUAGACUUUUCUACAUGCACACACAAGCUCAGAUUACAACAACGGUGUGUAGCUGCCUGUAAUGUCAUCAUGCAUCUCUUCCCCCCCCUCAAAUAUUUCCACGAAUUGUCUUUGAGUCAAACAAUGCAGAGAACACUCCAAGGCCAAAGGUGAACACACUCGGUAUGAAAGGAGCCUUGUUAGCGUCAUCCCACCCAUUCCCUCUCCAUAUUUAUUUGCCGUUCUCUUUUGAGUUUGUCCAUUUUUAGAACCGGACAACAUAAAAAUAAAAAAAUUGACACGGA